UAGCACCCACUGCUAAACCUCACGUGCAAUGGCUGCCAUGGCAGGCCAGAAGCUGAGGGCCGCGAUAGCUAGGCGGUGGCUUUGCCAAGGCGGCGUGCCUCCCUGGCUGGGCGACAUACCGCCGGAGCAGCUGCUCCAGAGCGCGACGGUGAUGGAGGAGAAGGAGGAGGAGGAAGAAGCGACGGCGGCGAAGCGGGCCCCUGAAGAAGGCUCAGUACUGCUUUUCCCCGGGCAAGGCAGCCAGUACGUGGGCAUGGGCCGGGAGCUGCUGCGCUAUUCUGCCGCGCGCGAGCUGUUCCGGGUAGCUGAGCGCGUGCUAGGCUACGACCUGCUGGGCUUGUGCUCGAGCGGGCCACGCGCCGAGCUCGACCGCACGGUGCGCAGCCAGCCCGCCGUGUUCGUCUGCUCGCUGGCCGCCGUAGAGAAGCUGCACCACCAGCAACCAGCGGUAAUUGAGAACUGCGUUGCAGCUGCUGGAUUCAGCAUUGGAGAAUAUGCAGCUCUUGUUUUUGCAGGAGCUAUAGAGUAUGCAGAAGCUUUAUAUGCAGUAAAGGUACGUGCUGAAGCCAUGCAAGAGGCAUCAGAAACUGUUCCCAGUGGAAUGCUGUCUGUUAUUGGUCAGCAUAAUUCAGAUUAUGUUGCUGCCUGCAUAGAUGCUCGCAAACAUUGUAAAUCAGUGGGCAUAGAAGAUCCUAUAUGUGAAGUUUCAAACUACCUGUUUCCUGAUAGCAGAGUCAUUGCAGGACACUUGCAGGCAUUGGAGUUUCUACAACAAAAUUCCAAAAAAUACUCAUUUGCACGCGUGAAAAUGUUGCCAGUCAGUGGAGCUUUUCAUACUCGACUUAUGGAGCCAGUAGUUGAACCUUUAUCUGAAGCCCUUCAGUUAAUCAGCAUUCAGAAACCUCUCAUCCCUGUCUAUUCAAAUGUGACCAGCCAGAGAUACACACAACCGAAGCAGAUCAAGCAUUUGUUAGCAAAGCAGCUUAUUUCGCCAGUGAAAUGGGAACAGACAAUGCAUGCCAUUUAUGAAAGGAAAAAAGGAGUACGGUUUCCUUUCACUUAUGAAAUGGGGCCUGGAAGACAGCUUGGAGCAAUACUCAGAAACUGCAAUAUGAGAGCCUGGAAAUUCUAUAAAAAUAUUGAUGCUUUAGGAGAAGAUGAAAAAGAAGAAAUAUAGAGGUGUCUGUAAAAAAAAGUUUUCACAAUGGAUUCUGCUUCUCGGCCCUGCUUAAUGUUAAAUGGAAGCAGCUCCGUAGCCAGGAAAUUCACCUUGGGGCUUGGGGGGGGGGGGUUCUGCCUCCACACAUGCGGUGAUGUCAGUAGUGACAUCACUACGAGUUACUCUCGUCCUCCCUCUCUGUUUUUGCCAGCCAGCGAGACAGGCCAUGGAGAGUCAACAGCCUGACUUGCAAAGACAAGGUGAGGUGCCUGGGCGGGCCAUUCUCUAAUGGCCCACCCUGCCACCUCACGGUGUCUGCGCCAGCCAGGAAGCUUCAGAGAGCUGACAAACUGGCUCGCUGGCUGGUGAAGACUGGAGGGUGGGGGAGGAAAGCUGCUGCUGCGGUGGGACUCCACCCUAAUUGUGGGGAGGGGGGCUCAGCCCCUAAACCCCCACCACUGGCUACAGCCGUGAAUGGGAGUCAUGACUGCGGGGGGACUUCAGUGGGCCCUGUCAUAGUCUGUGAACAGAGAACUAAUGUGAUGGCAUCCCAUCUCCAGGCAGAGCUGCACACAGAAGUCAUGUGGUUAAGUUGCAUGCUACCAUGAAGAUAAGGACCAUCAAAUGACAUCAUGGGUCCUGGUCCUUCAAGCUGAAAGACUUGCCCCCAGGAAGCCUUCUAAUAUCGUGGUUCCAGUGACAAGGCUUUAGAAAGGUUAUACAUGUAAAUUUAGCUGUCCUUGUUGAUCAUU